AUGACCGAGUUGACGGUUGGUUAUAUGUCCGGCAUAAUUGCCGCAGGAAUUUUUAUACUUCAACGUUUCACUCCAACGGCAACUUCUCUCAUAUUAAGUGGCCUUUUAAGAGAGGAAAAUACGGCUGCAACAUGGACUCAGGUUGCCCGUGCUUUGCAUUCGACCUAUUGGCCGACCUUUGUCGGAGCCGAUACUGUUACCUCUGGUCCCGUGAGCAGAGUUGUCCAGCUUGAAGCGUUGAUGAGACCCUUGGUUCUUGGAGUUAUCGCCAUUGCAGCAAUUGUCACCCCUUUAGGCCUGUAUGAUGCUAUUGUUCCUGCUGAAUCAAAAACUUUUCACCCUUUUCAGUACACCCAAGACCACUCUUCAUUUGGAUUUGGAACACCACCAAGGACCGACCUAGGGUUUAAUCGAUUUUGUGGUAAUAUGGGGCACACUAAAUGCCCUGGCUCAGAUGUCGUGAUCGAAACUCAUCGAAAUGGUUCGCAAUACUUUCCCUAUGGCUACGAUGCCCGAAUCUCGCCAAAAAUCAAGGAAAUGUAUCAGAGCGGCCUCAAGUCCUUGCCGCCCACUGUUUCUAGCCUUUGGGAUAUUGAAUGGAGGUCGUAUGGAAUCGGAAGGGAAAAUGAUGUCAACAAUGGUUCCAGAUUCUUGGUCGGAGAUUACCGACAGGCAGGUGUCCUGGCGCUGAAUAAUGCAUAUGAUAACGUGGAAGGCCUGAUCGUUGAUACUAAAAACGGUGGAAUUGGGUUUCGUAACCACACCACUCCAUCGCCGCUACCUUAUGGCAGCGAGUGGUCGGAGGACCUGCUCUUUGUUGAGCCUCAUACAGUGUGUAUCGAUACUAAUUUGACUAUGGAUUUCGAAAUUAGUUUCUCUGGCACUAGCACGAUUCAAAAUCUAGUCCUUACUGAUCGCGGUGGAUUUGUGGAUCUCAAUACCGAUUAUCCUACAUACGACCGAUUCAACAGCCAGAGUGAUCCUGAUUUGCGUGGAAGGGCACACAAGGCUGCGUACCUCAACAAUGCACUCACUAUGAUCUACCUCAACGUUUCCAAUCCGAGAACCAAGAAUUUGGAGCCCUUUUCCUACAUGAAUUCUGAAAUGAACAAAGCAUUCCCUCUGGAAGGAAAUAUAAGGGCAUAUCCUGAUAGAUUCCUCACAAACCAAAAUUUCGGCAGCUACCUAAAACUUGCUUCAAGGUUGACGAACUCCACGGUUAAUAGCACAGGUUCCGGCGAUGAUUACCCAAAUCCGUUCGAUAUUACCAAAGCAAAUUUUAGCUCCAUAGAAACUCUGUGCCAGGGAGCCGGUGGCCUUGACUAUGCAAAUAUUACGAAUAUCAGCGCAGUGUGUGGGAUGGCAUUUGGAGCUGCCACACGCGGCGAUGGAUCUCGUUCGCUAGUGUUCGAACCGGGCACCGCCUGGACUGUGCCUUUGUAUAGUUGUGCGUCGGCAGCCCGUGCUGUGAUAAAGACGGUCGAUUUCCGAUUCAACGGCACGGAUGGACUGAAAAGUCUUGCAAUUCGCAGUAUCCGCGAAAGGACUUACGCAAAGGAUGCCGACAAACCGCUUUGGGGAGUUGAGCGCUCUGAAGAAAUUUUGAAUGAAGUUUUACCUCUGUGGGGUUUGGUGUCGGAUGAAUACAAAGGGAGGGACGAUAUUUCGGUCAUUCAAAAGGAGUCAUUAUGGCUCCCCGGAUACGCUGGACAUCUUGGUAGGUCACCGGUGGGAUACUCAAACCUACCGGGUAUGUAUUUCCAUACUAGCGGGUUCAAGACAGCUUAUGAUGUAAGCACGUCCCCGCCAAUCGGAGUCACUGAUUAUUCUGGGCAAACAAACAUGGCGAUGUAUGCAAAAUGGCAGGAAUUGUCCUCUAAAGCAAACACCACAGCAAGGAUCAUCAACUUAGUGUGGACAGACGUUGCUGCGAACGCGGUCCUAGGAACCAAGGGCUGGAUUUCGCAGAUGCGGGCGAGUGUUGCCAGACGUGACAAUGGAGAUGGCCAAGGCUCGCCGCAGCCGGCGAACAAUGACCAACGCGAAGUCCCAGUGCUCGUCUUCUGGAAAGUUAUCAAGUACGACCUGAAAUUCGCUAUUCCCGCCUUCAUCGCCCUCGUUUUCACUCUCUUCAUCACAUCCGCAACAUGCCUUUUGUGCUUGUUUGGCUCUGCAAGGCCAUCCAGGAUGCGAAAGUAUCUUUUCUACACCUCCGCGGGUCGCAUAAUGGCCGGCUUUGUGUAUCCCAACCAAAUCGACCCUCAAGCCCCAACAAAGCAGUGGAGUAAAAGUGUUGGGUUUAAGAGAAUUGCCGUUAAUGGUCCCGUUCCCACAGCAAGGGAUCCAGUGAUGACGUCUAACUUUGGAGACUCGAAUACAGCGAACACGGAUGCUCCCCUGCUCAAAAACGGUGGUCAACCACAACAGCCAUACCAGGCGUGA